AUGUCUGCCGACCCUCGGAGGCGACCUGCGCCUGCACAAUCUGCUCCUCCACCGCCUCCUCCACCUCCACCACCAGCAGAGGCCCAGCCUGAUUCAUCUGUCCAAAGCUUGGAUGGCGCGAGUGGCCAGGCAUCAGCACAACAGGCUACGGCCGAAGAUAGCUUCAAGCUGCGCUUCUGCACGGUAUGCGCCAGUAACAACAACAGAUCCAUGGAAGCGCAUUUGCGCCUCGCCGGCAGCGCUCAAAAAUAUCCCACCAUCUCCUUUGGCACUGGCUCGCUAGUCCGUCUACCUGGCCCUUCCAUUACUCAACCGAACAUCUACAACUUCAACAACACCUCUUACGACAGCAUGUACCGCGAACUCGAAGGCAAAGAUGCUCGCCUCUACCGCGCGAACGGUAUCUUGCCUAUGCUUGAUCGCAACAGAAACAUCAAAUGGGGUCCGGAGCGCUGGCAAGAUUGGAAGAUCGGAUAUCCACGUGUGGGCAAAAGAUAUGCCAAUGCACCUAUUCCAGGCGACCCCGUGUAUACGAAUGACAUGGGUGCCCAAGGAACGGAAUCAGGAACAGUGGAUAUUGUCAUAACCUGCGAAGAUCGCUGUUGGGAAGCUGUCGUCGAUGACUUGCUGUCAAGAGGAAGCCCACUCAAUCGUCCUGUUCAUGUCUUCAACGUCGAUAUUAAGGAUAACCAUGAAGAAGCAUUGGUAGGAGGAAGAGCCAUUCUCGAGCUCGCCGACGAGCUGAAUGCUGCUGCUCAGGAUGAGAGGAAGAUUUAUGCUGAAAAGACAGGCAGUACUGAGGGUUUCGACAAUGCUACUGGAGGCUCGAGGGACGGCUUUGAUGCUAGGGUGCCAAUCAUUCUGGGGGAGUGGCAAGAAAGAUGGCCUCAUCUUCCUGCUUUGUGGACUUUGGCAUGGUUCUAG